AUGUGGCUCUCCACGGCGACGCCGGCCACGCGCGAUAAGAUCGACGCGGGCUUCGACGUGCCGGCCAUCGCCGCCGACAUCGACAUGAUCCACCCGAGCAAGCGGCCGCCAGCGACGGCGGCCGGCAGCGGUCGGGCUGGCCCCUACAGCGGCGAGGCCGGCACGCUCACCUACCUGGAGAUCUGCGAGAAGGUCGCCGACGGCUGGACCUCAGUACCGGACCCGAGUGCCAAGAUCGGCCCGUACGCCUACUCCGGCGAGCAGUGGGUCGGCUACGACGACCCGGACAUGGCCGCGGAGAAGACCCGCUACGCCGUGGGACGCGGGCUCGGCGGCGUCAUGGUCUGGGACGUCGGCUCGGAGGACGUCAGAGGCGUGUGCGGCGGAGGACGAUGGCCGCUGCUGGCGGCGAUCAACGCCAACCUGGAUACCGCCGGCGAAGGCACGACGAGCGGUGUCACCGGCCGGCCGGUCACCACCUCCAAACCCGUCACCACCGCCCGACCUACCGCCACCUUCACCUGUCCCUCUGAGGGCACGUUCGCGGACCCGGAGGACUGCACCAGCUUCUACGUCUGCGCGGCGCCGAAGAAGAGCCGCUGCCCAGCGGGCACUGCCUUCAGUCGCUGGUCCGGCACGUGUCGGUCAGACGUGACCGGCUGCCGGGCCCGGACCACGGCCGCCACCAGCACCACCAGGAGACCGACAAAACUAUUCUCCUGUCCGCGGAGGAACGGCCUGUACGCCGACCCGUACAGCUGCCGGUGGUACUUCAGCUGCCUCGACGGCAAGGCCACGACGCGCGCCUGUCCGGCCGGCACCGGGUGGGACAAACGCAUCAGCUCCUGCAACUGGGACUACGUCAUCGACUGUUUCGACUAGCAGGCUCGUGCAGUGGGAGUCCACACUGACCAGGAGAUGGGGCGGCCAGACUGUAACAGCCGAGGUCGGGUGGGGUUGGCUAAAGGUCAAGCACUUUUAAAGGAUCUGAAGAGCGAUGUGACUAUGUGCAACUGGAAUUGGUUACCAAAGAUGAUGGGGUGAAAGGUCCUGUCGCUCUUGGAGACGCUGAUGUUGCACCUUUUCGAAAAUGAAAUUGUGUCGGUCUCAGAGAACAUGAACUACUUCGAACCUC